CGCAAUUAUUUAAAUCCGAUCGAUCCAAAGAGAGCUGGUGUGACGAUCGGGAUCAAUCGCAAUGUCGCGGCAUAUGGCGGCACGGCGAAUGCGGCAUCCGCGGCGAAGUCGCCGAAUCAUAUGAGAGAAAUGAGAAAACCAGAAGGAAAGAGAGAGAGAGAGAGAGAGAGAGAGAAAAUGCAUACGCGUCGUGCCAACAUGGCGGUAAUCCUAUCAGCUGAUAGCGGUCGCCGCUGGCAUGACGGGCCGCAUUUUGGUUAAUCGGGUUAGAUCGCAAUAGCUAUCAUCCCUUCUCCCCUGUACCGCUGCCCUGUCAUCGUCCUUGCCGCGCGGCCGACGGAACGCUGCUGCCUACGUCCACCUACGUCAGGCUACGCGUGCUGGCCUAUCCACGCUACGUUACAUCUGUGACAAUACGUGCGAUCCGGAUGACGCAUCGACGACGAUGUUAACGCAUUCCUCGCACGCUGGCACGUACACGUAUCGCGGCAGCAAUCGGAGGCAACCGAGAACGAGCGUGCGUCGCUGACAGGCGAUAGAUAGCACGCGGGAAUGUCGUAAGGGUGACAAUCGUCCGUCGGUUUGGUUAGAGAGGGACCCUGGAUCCCUGGAGUGCCCUGGAGUCAGUUCAGGUGAAUCGCCGGUGAGCGAGGUCCUCGCUUUGAUCCUCGCGGCGCGGGAUCGCCGUCACGAGAGCGAGCGAUCUGUGAUGAGCGACUCCGAACAGCGACAGCUGCACGUGCCUUAUCGAGAGUAUCAUAGUCAGAACAAUACCAGCCCCGCCACCACCGCCGCAGCCGCUACCGCCGCUGCCGCUCUGGUGGAGACCGAUGCGCUGGUGGACCUGUCCAUCGCGCCCGUCAGCAGUAGCAGCAGCAGCAGUCACCAUCGGCGUCUGUCGUCGCAGAACGAUCAGCCGCCGUCGCCGGCUGAUCUGCUUCCCGACGUCGAGUUCAUUCCUGGUUUGAGCAACGACCAAACCCUAGCCAUAGAUUCCUCCGGGAUCGACCGGGAGAGCCAGCCUCUCCUCGGUCGCUUGGAGCUCGACGUCACGUUCAACAGAUUUCCAGACGAUCCACAGUUCUCGGAACUGGUGUGGCAGGCUGAGUGCGCGAUAGAUAAUGGAGUUUUCCCAGAGAGGAUAUACCAGGGUUCCAGCGGAAGCUACUUUGUCAAAAAUCCAGCGGGGAAAAUUAUAGGUGUGUUCAAGCCAAAAGACGAAGAGCCUUAUGGCAGGUUGAAUCCAAAAUGGACAAAGUGGAUGCACAAGCUCUGCUGUCCGUGUUGCUUUGGCAGGAGCUGCCUGAUUCCGAAUCAGGGAUACCUGAGCGAGGCGGGUGCUAGCUUGGUCGAUCGUAAGCUGGGCCUCGGCAUCGUGCCGAACACGAGAGUGGUGAAACUCGUCAGUGAAGUGUUCAAUUAUCCUCGCUUGGAUCGUCAGAAGGCGCGCAUGAAGCAGGCCAUCAUGGACCAGUUUCCUACGGUGGGAUCGCAUUUUAAUCGCAUUGGUCUACCGCCAAAGGUCGGUUCCUUCCAAGUCUUCGUGGAUGGUUACAAGGAUGCCGAUUACUGGCUGAGGCGAUGGGAGAACGAGUCCAUGCCGGCGCGCUUGAGUAGAGAGUUUCAGCUUCAGUUCGAACGUUUGGUCAUCCUAGAUUAUAUCAUCAGAAAUACAGACAGAGGUAAUGACAAUUGGCUGAUCAAAUACGACACUAGCGUUAGCAAAAACGGAUCCGAACAGGGUGAAGUGAAGAUUGCGGCGAUCGACAAUGGCCUGGCAUUUCCUUUUAAGCAUCCAGAUUCUUGGAGGGCAUACCCUUAUCACUGGGCAUGGUUAACUCAAGCGAAACAACCAUUCAGUGAAAUCACGAGAGAGCUAGUCCUGCCACAGCUCUCGGACCAGAAUUUCGUACAGGAUCUCUGCGACGAUCUAUAUCAGUUAUUUAAACAAGAUAAGGGCUUCGACAAACAUCAUUUCGACAGGCAAAUGAGCGUGAUGCGUGGCCAAAUUUUGAAUCUACAACAAGCGCUGAAAGACGCCAAAAGUCCCGUGCAAUUGGUACAAAUGCCGGCUGUAAUCGUGGAAAAGGCCAAAGGAAACGGCACUCCCAGGUUAUUUUCAUUUUCUGACACGUUUACCCAGCGCUUCCAGAACAAGAGUCCGUUCUUCUCCUGGUGUUGAAAACGAGAAUUCGUAAUUUAACAAGUGUCAGUGGUAUCAGUGUCAGUCACUUUCUCCUCUUCAGCGCGAAAAAUGUUAUUAUUUUUCUAAGUUUAUUCCUACCUCUUUUAAACUUUAUUUCCAUCGCGCGGUUGCAAAUUGAUCAGGAGGACGCGGUUAUUCUUUUUAGGCUGUCUUGUAUUUAUAAUCUCUCUUUCUCUCAGUUUAAUUGGGAUAUAAGAUAUUCGUACAAUUAUAUUGUAUACAGUAAAUAUAAUAUAUAUAAUGUUAAAAGACAUUUUCUUUUAAUGCAAACAAGAUUUAAAAAAAGGGCGUAUGAAAUUUAGAUAUAUAAUACAUAAACACAAAAAAAAGAAGAUACAGGGCAAGUUGUACGAAAUGUCUCUCUCGUGUUUUCCACACGUAUAAAUACACACAAACAUACACACACACACACACACACACACACACACACACACACACAUAUUGUAGUUUGUGCCAAUCGGUACCGUGAAAGAAGUGCAUAAGUUAAUACCUGUAGAACUAAUGUCAUGCUACAACUUAGAAGAUGGGAUGGUAAAAGUAUCUUGUAUUUUGAAUAUAAGAUAUUUUUUUCUAUUCUCAUACGCCGAGAAGAUGGCAUUAGUUACUCCAGUUCUACGAGGUGUUGAUCACUAGAUACUUAAAAUGCUGUAUAAAUUUUUUGGAAAUUAAACUGUGAUCCUUGUGGUACGCGCAUGUCACGUCACGUCGCAUAUGUACUGACAACAGGAAUUCCAUGUAGUUAUAUACAUAAUAUUAAGUACAAAUGAAAUUGCUACUGGAAUACAUAUACGAAAUAGAGUUUCUAGCGCAAUUUUUAAAUUGAAA